AUGCUUCACUCACUGCGAUGGUCGGCAUGGGGUCCAGAAUACUGGGCCUUGGUUGGCGGCAUCGUCUCUUUCGCCGCAAUGGUGGUGCUCCUCGCCCGCUUUGACGGCAAACCAAUUUUCACAUGGAAUGGAGUGACUCUCAACACCGUAGUCUCGAUCUUGUCGGUAACUAUGAAGGCUGCUGUCGCAUUCGUUCUCUCGGAGUGCCUAGCCCAGUGGAAAUGGAUUCUCUUCACCCGCGAAGACCGACCCCUCAUCGAUUUUGAUCGCAUCGACGCUGCCACUCGCGGGCCCCUCGGCAGCUUGCGGAUUCUAUCCCGAACGAGAGGCGCCUACGCCGUCCAACUUGGUGCGAUCCUGACGCUCCUUGCCGUCGGUCUUGAUCCCCUCGCCCAGCAGAUUAUCCAAGUUCGAGAAGAUGUCGUCUAUACGAGAAGCACUCAGACAGACAAGGGUCCGCUGGCACUUAAUUCCGGCACGAGUACAUAUUCUAUAGGCACAGCGCAAGUCACAUCAUCGUCGAGGCAAAAUUCGACCAUCAAGGAGAGGUGGGUUUCUACGGAUACACCGCUAUCCAUGCAAGGGGCGAUAUUGAACGGCCUCUCCAAAUCACCUUGGGAAAUUCAGCAGGAGGCUUUGAUCCAGUGCCCCACGAGCAACUGCACAUGGGACCAGUUUACUAGUCUAGGGAUAUGCCAUAGGUGCAACGACCUCACAUCGGACCUGAAGCAAGUCGGUGGUUUCGGACAAGCCAUAAUCGCUUUGGCGAACACCACAUUGGCUGGUUAUACAGUCCCAGGUACAGCAUUUGUCCUUCCUAAUGGUCACUUCAUUGCCAAUAUCGAUGGCUGCCCUCCCUAUAACGGGCGUUACGCGGACUGCGAAAACGAACAGCCAUUAGGCGUCUACUCGGAUGACAAGUACACCACCACGUCCUACGGAACUGGAAUUCCAAACAAGACCAACUCCAUGAAGGAUAUCGAUACGCUCUUGUGGUCGAUGAGCAUUAUCCACCCAGACAUGGAGGCACUCAACAAGUCGUCCGCGUUCACUCCCGGCGAGUCGAAGAGGGGCUCCACGGCCGGACUGAAGCUUUGGCCGGACAUACCGAUGCAAGCCACAGAGUGCGCACUUUACUACUGCGUUAAGAGGAUCGAUUCAUCAGUCGAAGGCAACCAAAUCAAGGAAAACGUCUCGGAAGCACUCGACUCCAGACGAGAUCCAGACUCGUGGAUACGCUCUCCAGAAUACGAGGAUGGCCAACCAGAAAACGUCAUUUCGAAAGAAGCAAACGGCACGCUCGAGUUCGACAGAUAUUGGUCUGCUGUUCCUUACACAGAGCUGAGACUUGAAUUCCCCAACAACAAAAGCGAGAGCUACUACAGAAUCUCCGAAGACUCUGUCAAGUCGAUGAGCGCGCACAUGCAAGAGCUGUUUCGCACCAAUGUGUCAGGCACUCUGGACCAGAGAGAGGAGAUUGAGAGGCUAUUGGGAUCCGAAGCGGUCGGCUUCAAUGGUGCAUCAUUCGGUCCUUAUGAGAAGUUAUCAAUGAAGGCUACGCCGCCUGCAUUAGACGGGCUCUGGACCUGGACAAGGCACAACAUCACUAGCACAUUCUAUACCCUUGCGACAAGUAUGACCAAUGAGAUGCGGAGGAAUUACGCACCAGGUCAAAGUCAGAACAGCGGAAUAGAUACGGACCGCUUUCAAGAUGGUUCGUUGGGUAAGUAUGGCAAGGUGGGCAAGUCCACGGUGCUGUACCACAUCGAGUGGCCGUGGAUUGCCCUCCACGGCGUGAUGCUGGUCUCCGCGACUGCAUUCUUAUUUGCGACGCUCGGCAACUCUAGCAGUCGAGGCAACGUGCCAUUAUGGAAGAGCAGUUCCUUGGCUGCCAUCAGGCAUGGUCGUGAUGUUGGCGGUGUUCUCAGUCGCAGCACCACCAUGGGCGAGAUGGAAGACACUGCAAGGAAGGUCCGUGUGAAUUUGCGUCGAGAAGAGAGCGAAGAGACUAAGUCUUGCAUUGAUCGUACAACUGGCUCAAGCCCGUCUGAACAAUGA